CAUAACCAAAGGAACUCUAAAUUUCAAAUUUCAACAAAUAAUCCAAAUUAACCGAAAGUUGCAUAAUGUUCAAGCGCAGUCUAAGCCUUCUGGACAAGCUGCCCAAAUCGAAGGUGGCCGAGUGGCUGGGCGGGAUCGACACCGUUAUCUGCAGCACGGAUGGAGUUUUGUGGCAGGAGAACAAUCCUAUCAAGGGAUCCGUGGAGGCCUUCAACACAAUCAAGGCCAAGGGGAAACGCAGUCUGAUAGUUACCAACGCCUGCUGCCUAACUACCUCGGAAUUGUUUCAAAAGGCCAAGUGCCUGGGCUUCAAUGUUCAAGAGCAGGAAGUUCUCAAUUCGGCAGGUGCCGUUUCGAAUUACCUUACCGAGCGGAAGUUCAAGAAGAAGUUGCUCGUUCUGUGCGGCGAUGGCAUCCGCAAGGAUCUGCAAAAGGCCGGCUUCUGUGCCAUGGCCAAUGAUCAACGACCGGAUGACAGGAACAGAUUGGAAUGGGUCAGGAACCUGGUUCUCGAUCCGGACGUGGGUGCUGUUCUAGUGGCGAGAGCCGACGGCAUGGAGACGAACCAAAUGCUUGUGGCCUGCAACUACCUCCAAAAUCCCAAGGUCUUGUUCCUGACCACCAGCAUGGAUGGAUUCCAGACACUUGGCAAAACUCGGGUUCCAGACGCGGGCGCCGUAGCAGCUGCCAUCGAGGUGAUCGUGCAACGGAAGGCAACCGUCUUGGGAAAACCAAAUCCCCGAAUUUUGGGCAAGCUGCUCGAAUCUGGCGAAAUUAAACCGGAAAGGACACUUAUGAUAGGAAACUCGGUGAAGUCGGACAUUGCAUUUGCCAGUAUCUGUGGCUUCCAAUCUUUAUUAGUGGGAGGCGAUAAUGGAGCUUUUGAUGAAGCUGAGAAAAUUAAAAAAGAGGGAGAUGAAAAGAUGAUGAAACUUGUUCCAGAUACUUAUUUGGAAAGUUUCGCCCCUUUCCUGGAGUUCCUGUGCACCGAAGUGAAGGCGGGAAACGAAAAGGACAAAAAAGCCCAAGAAACCAAGAACGAUCCAGUAAAACAACAGAUAAAGUGAUUCCAAUAAUUUUUUUAAAUUUAAAUUAAGGCGCCCAAAGUUGAGCAGGUGCUAAAAGGAAAGUGAAGACAUUGCAACACCCUGUCCAUAUUAGUCUUUGGCUCAAAUUUAUUGUAAUCCUACUGUAUUCAGACUUUUUA